AUGGCGAACGAGCGAGCAAACCCCACGAGUGGAGCCCACGAGGCUCACCCACCAAAUGACCUUAUGGCCCGACUAGAAGCUAUGAUGGCAGCGAUGGUGGCAAGCGUCGACCAACGUUUCCACCAGAUAGAAGAGGCGAUGCAAAGUCAGAACCGCACGCCUAGCGAAUCGAUGCCGGAUCAUGUGUGA